AUGCCCGCAACAAGCAAUAAGGGCAGCAGCAGCGAGGGAUUUAUUAGCGCUUGGCGAGCAGAAGAAGGGCAGCAAGUAAAGAGAGGAGAAGAAUUAUUUGUAGUAGAGAGCGACAAAGCAGACUUCGAUAUUGAGGCUCCUCAUGACGGUGUAUUGUCUAAGAUUUACGUGCGGGAAGGCGUGAAGGUAGCAGCAGGGACUGUAGUUGGUUUGCUGACAUCUUCGGCUCAAGACUCAUCAUCAUCAUCAGCAUCAGCAGCAGCAGCAGGAGCAGCAGCAGGAGCAGCAGCAGGAGCAGCAGCAGGAGCAGCAGAAGGUGCGAAGUCUCUUUCAAAUGCUGCUUCUCUUCCUGCUGGGACUGUUGCUUUGUUUAUGCCGGCGCUCAGCAGCACAAUGACAGAAGGCCGAAUUGCGCAGUGGUGUAAACAACAGGGCGACAGAGUUAAUGUAGGGGAUAGGCUGUUAGUAGUUGAGAGCGACAAAGCUGAUAUGGAUGUGGAAGCAUUUGAUGAAGGCUUUUUAGCAGCAACAACAGCAAAUGCAGGGGAUACAGCAGCAGUAGGUGAGACAAUAGGAUAUCUUGUGCCUACAAAAGAUAAAAUAGAAAUGCUUCAACAAGCCCUACAACAAUAUUCUCAUACAGGGGGGGCCCCUAUUGCUGCAGCACAAGCAGCAGCAGCAGCAGGAGCAGCAGGAGGAGCAGCAGGAGGAGCGGUGAAAGAGGAGACGCCCGAUAAUGCUGCAGCAGCAGCAGCUGCUGCUGCUGCUGCAGCUGCAGCAGAUGCUGCAGCAAUUGAAGAAGCUGCUCAAGCUGCAGCAGCAGAAUGGGUGCUGCCUUCAGUAGAUCAGAGUUCGUCAGAACAGGGUGUCCCCGGGCUGUCGCAGCAGCAGCUGCAGCAGCUGCUGCUGCAGCGCCUUUCUGCUGUUUCUCCUGCUGCUGCUGCAGCACUCAAAGACCCAAAAGAAGGAGCUGGAGCAAAGGCAGAAGCUGCUGCUGAUAGACCUGUUCGUUAA